CGAAAAAUUUUCAUUCAAGGAUUCGAUUCUCAGGUGACUGCACCAUUUUUCGCGUUUUCCAUGUGAUCAGUUUGGUAUUUUUGCAAAAUUUAGCAAAAUAGUAAUCAAAUAUGGAGAAAAUAUGCGAAACUCUAGUCUUGCUGACAGUUAUUAUUGGAAUUUUCCUAAGCUUUACGUCAGCCUUGCAGCUAGAGGGUUUGUCAACCAAAAAGCCAAGAAUUACAAAAUAUACGCUGAAGCCCACGACCAAUAGUGCUACGGCUGUUCCAUCAUCGCUUUCGCUCUAUAGGUUAAAUGGCACGUCUGGUGCAACAUGUAUUCUUAUACAAACUGACGGACUUUUGAGCAUCCAGUAUCGCGAUAAGUAUGGUGAAGAUAAGGAAGCGGAUACCUUUAUGCCGGACCAAAUGGAUAUAUCGGGAGAGUGCUGGGAAGAUGAAUCGCGAAUUGCUCUAGGAUGGAAAGGAUUUGUUCUCAAUAUUUAUUUCUCGAAGACGCCAGGUGGCGAAAGAUGGUAUAUCAACAACGUAGAUCUCGCAUAUUCAUCGUCGAACAAGAUUUUCGAACAUAUUGAUCGUCCAGGCUUAGACGUUAAGCUAUCGACGCCAUCAGGAACACUACUAUUUCCCACUCCAGUUGGAAAGUCAUACACCUGCGACCAGGAAGUUGUGAUAACUAUGUACUCACAGGAUGAGCAUGAUAAGGCAGGCCAUUUGGCAAAACUCUAUCUAAGAGAGUUGCGAAUGCAGAGCUUCAUGUACAAAUCCUCCAAUCUUUGGGGACCAACCUUCCAGUGUAGUGCUACCGGAACAUACCGAGACGAAACUGCUCCUAUAGCCGUUGGAUCCACCCUGGCCGUUGCUACGGUUUGUACUGUUGUUGGCUACGGUUUGUGGAGAUACUUCAAAGUCAAAAAGUUCCAGUACGGAACCAUGGCUUAAGGUGUUUGUGAUGUCAAUUCUAUCAAAUCAAUUCAAGAUAUUGUUGCUCGUUGCCAAAAAUGAUCCCGCUCAUUCUCAACCGAGGGAGUAAAUUUUCUUAGUAACAUAUCAAAUUAAUCUCUACCACAAAAACAAUUCAUAGCAAUUUUAAUUCAACCGAAUCAAAUUGUUCGUAAAUAUGUAAAACCGCAUUAAGAAAAGCUGCAGCACGCUGAACAGAACUAAACAAAACAAAGUUAAAAGAAAAAAAGACAAGUGUAAACACUAUUUGGGGAAAAAUAUAUUUCCGGAAACCAAACAUUGCAUUGUGUGGGCUCUAAGGUAGGCGAUCGAUGCGAAAAAAUAAACGUCUUCCAUUUUCAUUUAAAUGAAAUUAUAAGUGUAAGUUGAAACAUAUUUGUAAAAUAGGUCGUUAAACUGUAAGGUGUAAGCUACUAUAAGAUAUGUAACGGUUACAAAUGCGUGUGCACAAAAUUCAUAGAAUAAAUACAAUCUAUUUAAAUUGAACGUACUAUAUUGAAGGAAGUCAAAUCAAACAUGUAACACAACCAAAAAAAACUAAAUAUGGAUAACACAACAGUUCAUACAAGCACGAUCCUAUUUAAAUUCGUUUUAUGUGUUGUCAUCUUUUUAAAUUCAAUAGAAUUUAUGUGUUAUGCGAUUCGAAAAUGACUAUAAUAAAUAAAUAUAAGUUCAAAAACUGAA